AUGGUUCCCCAGAUUGCGUUGCUUGGUGCUGGUAUCUUUGUUCGUACACAGUAUAUCCCUCGCCUAAGAGAGUUGGCCGACUAUGUAAUCGUUAAGACGAUCUGGAGUCGUUCUGAGGUAUGUGAACUAUCUUUGCUUGCGAUGUUGAUAUCUGUGCAGUUCUUUCGCGUUGAUUCUAGAUGAGGCACCAUUAGGUUCCCCAUAGGAAAAAUCUUGAAGCGGGAGAGUUCUAUUAUCCUAUACACAAAUUGGAAGGCGAUUUAUGUGGCAUUCGGGUGCUUUGUAAUCUGAGUUACGGUGACCCAGGAUUAUUUAGUCACUAGGUUAUUUCAUCCUGCGUAGAACCCACAUCGAAGGCUCAUCUGACUAUACGAAAUACUUAGUGAUUACUUGGGUUCGUUGAUAGGCUAUGCUUGCAAUUAAUUUUAAUUCUUGUUAAAAUGAUGAAAUUUGGGCAAAACGUGAAAUCAUCCUAAAACAUCGCAAAAUAAUGCUGGAAACCAUUACAUUAUAUGCGAGGGCUAUUGGUUCUUGGCUGUUGAAAAGAAAAUCUCUGUUUGAUAGAAUUUUCAAAAAUACGUCAUUAAUGGAUUUAUUCAAAUUGCGUGCACAUUUCCUGAUUUUUUUCACCCAUUAUGUAUUACUCUGUCAAGGAAUCUGCAAGAGCUGCUGCAGAACUCGCCCGUGAUUUUGCACCAGACAUUGAUUGCAAAUGGGGUGAAGGAGGACUUGAUGACAUUGCUCAAGAUAGUUCGAUUCAUGGGGUCGCAGUAGUCCUGGCUGGGCAAAUUCAGGUUUGUCACACGUUAAUUAAAUCAGGUUGUGCCAUUUCACUUUGUACUGUUCAUUAUAUCAUAGUAACCUUUCUUUCUAGGCGUCGAAAAUUUUCUCUUCAAUUCUUUCGAUGAAUCUUAAUAUAUGCAUGUGUUUAGUAAUACGCUUAGGUUGAAAAAUUAGUGGUCUUGUCAUCUUAAACUUGACAGGAGUUUUUUGUUCAUUUUUGACAUGAAAUAUGAAGUCAUAUGUUCGAAUAUCUCAAAACGUGAGAUAUAAUGUGCAGGUAAAAUGUACUACUGGGUGUAUGUAUUAGCAGUAAAAAUUUAAAUCUUCUAAAAUUAAAGAUGGUCAACGUCAAUGACCUGAAAGGGCAACCUUUUAAUGUCCAUAUUAUUUUUCUAAGUAAAGAGUUUCAAUCUGAGAUUCCUUUGCAAUGGAAUCUGUAUUACCUUAGUCCGUUCUUUCCCAGCAUAUAUUGACGACCAUUCAGGAAAUCAGACUACUAGUUAAUCACCUUUCCAUUCAGGAAAUCAGUCUACUAGUUAAUCACCUUUCAUUUUUCAAAACAAAUUAAGCAUGGUUCACGAAAGUAAGAGCUAGAAGAUUCUAGAUUUUUUCAAAUGUUGGAUGCCAUUGAAAACGCCGAUUAUGUUGCUCCUGUGGUUUAAAUGUUCACACAAACGGGAAAUUAGGUCGUUUGAGUCCAGGGUCAGUCGCCUUAGUGGUCAUACAGAUGCAAGUCGUACACUGAACGUUUUGUCUGAAAAAUGGUCUGCGGGCGUCUUUUCCAGGGCAUAUAAGGUAAACAGUGGUUCUCCUUAACGCAUUGACAUUCAAAUAGCUAAGCCUUGACUUGAAUACAAAGCUAGGGAAAACAUCAUUGCUUUUCCCGCUGACAUUUUCUGUGUGCGCUCAGACUGGGAGCACAUCUCCUGUACACUCCCAAUGUAAAUAACAGGAGUUAGUUUAAGACAUGAGCGAUCCUUAGAUCUGAAAAAUAUAUUUGGGUCCUUCAGGCAUACUGUUCUAUUUUUUAAUGGUUUUUUUCUACUACAUCUCGCGUUUCAGAAAAUAUUUUCAUGAUUUUUGGCGUUGGAUAGUAUCUUAUACUUGACAUUCUUAAAAAAAAAAAACUGUAGGUUGAUGUAUCCCUACGGAUGUUGAGAGCAGGGAAACACGUGAUUCAAGGUAAUCGUGUAUGAUACUGGAGAAAAUUAUUUCGUCAGACAGUUUUCAUUUGAAUCUCCGGUGGUUCUUGUGAUAUCGAGCAAAUGGUUGAUGCGCAGGGACAAAGCUUCUGUUGUUGAUGCACGUUUGAAUUAUUUGCAUUUUUUAGUUGAAUUUCACUUCUGUAAUGAUUGAUAGGGUACUAUUUAUUUUAUAAUUUUAUUAAUUUUUUGAAUCUCUAAUUUACAUCCUUUCGUCUGUUUCAUGAACGAUGGGAUGAAAUGAAAGAGAAACCUGCUGCUGAAUGUAAGUGACAUUCAUUCCGAGUUUGGCGAUACCCUGGUUCUGCUUUUAAGUUCACCUCCCUUGCAUCCAAGCCAACUAAUUAGGGAAUUUAUAAAUAUUUACGUUAUGAUUAUGUCUGGCAAUGAGAUUGGUGCUCAUUGUUGCCGAACUCCCGCCACUAUUGAACCAUCAGCUACAAGUGAGGCAGAAGCUGCCUUGUCGAAUUAUGGAUCCUUCCUCAAUAGUAGGCCCUAUCAACCUAUUUGGGCGGUUGCAGAGAACUAUCGAUUUGAGCCUGCUUUUGCUGAGGUAUUUUUUCGCUGUAUUUUUACUUUUAUUUGAAGAAAACAUUUUAAAUCUUGCCCUCGCCUUGCAGGCCAGGAAAAUGAUGGAAAACAUUGGUGACAUGAUGAACAUUCAAGUCGUCAUUGAAGGUUCAAUGAAUAGUUCUAACCCAUAUUUUUCAAGCCCUUGGAGGAGAAAAUUAUACGUAAUUGAACUCUCCAUGACACCUCAGUAAUUGCUCCGCUUUGAUUGUUGAUCAAAUCGCUAUGAGUUUUCUUGCGGGCCAAACCUUAGAUGACGCGCGUUUCAUAAAUCCGUUUCUAAUUCCUGUGGCCACUUCAUUUUUUUUCUCAUUUAUUCUGCAGGGGGGUUUUAUCUUAGACAUGGGAGUACAUUUUAUUGCCGGCCUACGAAUGGUAAGCUCUCCUCGAUUUAAGUUGUCCGGACUCCUGAACCAGGCUGUUCUUCCAUUAUAAUAAGCAUAUAUAUAUAUAUAUAUACAUAUAUAUGGGUGCGUGUAUUUAUAUUCCACUUAUGAGACUAUCAUCGCCGGAUUGAAAGGAACUGAUAUAUUUCAUCAUGCUGAUAAAAUAACUGACUAUACCUGUUGUCACUGGUAUAUCUCAUGCUUCCUAUGGUGACUAGCAUUCUGUCAUGCCGCUCAAACAGGUAGCUGGAUUCGAGGUUGCCACCGUGUCCGCUGUCUCCAGCCACGUGGAUUCCUCACUGCCUCCACCAGACAAUCUUUGCUCCCACUUGUAAGUUUCUCAUCAUCCCCACCAGACAACCCUUUUGUUCAAGCAGGUAACCUCAGUCUCCUCCCUCCAGCAAGCUCACGAAUGGCUGCCCCGGGAUAUUUGUGAUGACAGUGUCAUCGCCAUCACCCAAGGUCUGAAGAACUCCCACUCCCUUUUCUCUCACCACUCCUUGUCAUCUGCAUGGUAUAGUCAUCAAGCGCAGCACAUGAGUGGCUAUAAUCUGAAGCUCAAGGGCCUCUUUUGCCUGAGUGUUCCUGCUUCUAGAUAUACUGGCGUUUUGUUGGGUCGAAGGCAACAGUGCAGGUCGAGCGAGGAGUUGUCAAUAAGCAGCAUGGGUACUCGGUAUGUCACUGAAUUUCUUUCCAUUAAUUGUGCUCAUUUCAGAUUUUUUUUCUUUUUUCAUGUUACCCGAGAAGAUAUGGCCAUUUCUUUACCCGAUGAAGAAACAUUUUGAAAGUAUUAAUGCCUAAGAAUGAAAAAGCUCAUGCAUAAUGAUAUUAUCAUCCCUGAGCCAUUUCAAGCCGAAUCACCCCUCAAUCUGAUUCCUGAGCUACUAUCUAGCUGAUGCUGCCGCUCUUCAGGUGGAUCCUAGCUGUUGCAGUAAUGCAACUUAAACCUGGAGGAUUUCCCUCCAUGCAUCGACCGAGUGAUCAUCUCUUUAAGAAGACCUGCCUUCUGAGAAUUUAAGAUGGAACUCAUUCCUCUCAGAAGCUGUUAAUCCAUCGAUUAUUAGCUUCUGAUCAGUUCACACAGGAACUCUUUCAGAUGGAGUUACAGCGAUCCAUAUUUCUUGCAGGUUUUGUUCUUCCCCGGCGGCGGGAGCUGCCAGAGCAGCUUCUUCCCAUUUUCCGGCGUGAACGAAGAACUAAAGGCCUUCUUUCAUGACAUCUCCCAAGCUCUCGUCCAGGUCGGAGCUCCAGUCUCCUCACCGAAUUGCUCCUCAUAUGCAUUCAUCUGCAGAUUCAUGGGACGACUGGUUCUCUUCCCUCUGCAGGACGACGGCUCGUCUCACGAACCCGAUCCCCGCAGCUCAUUUAUUGAAGCUGCGCGCGACGUCGCCGUCCUGGAAGCCAUGCUGGAAUCCAGUGAAAGGGACGGAGCUCCGGCCGCCGUCAAAACAUUUUAG